GUCAGCGUGAAGCAGGCACCGUGCGAAAGUCCAUCCUUGUCUGUUUCUGUCUUUCUCUAAGAAACGGGUUUUAUUUCCUUUGAGCAUGAACGGUAAUCCUACGUGGGCAGCUGAUAUCUAACUGAGGACAGCGUCUAACACGGCUGAUUGGACCUGUGCAGACAUGGAGCCCCUGGCAGUGGACGAUGACAUCUGCAUCCUCAAACACGAGACGGCCUACACAGCCGCCGGUGAGAGCCCCGUGUCAGUGUGCGCCGGGGAUGAGUCUGUCGCCUCCCACUUCGCCUUGGUCACAGCGUAUGAGGACAUAAAGAAGAGGCUAAGAGACACUGAGAGAGAAAACACUUUGCUGAGGAAAAGGGUUAAGCAACUGGAAGACAAGCUUUUCAGGCCAGAGGCUCCUCCAUCAGAGGGUCCCCAUUAUGUAAACAAGGCCUUCAGUGCUUACCGGGGAAUCUAUAUAGAGAAGGAGGACCUGCAGUUGGAGCUGAAUAAACUGAAAAAAGAGAAGAGUGAGAGCGAGAGGUUGCUGACGGAGCAGCUGCAAACCAAAGAGCUGGAGCUGCUUCAGCUGAGGACGGAGCUGGAGACCUCCCAAGUCAUGAAGAGCCUGAACAACCCUCUGGACUCGUGGCAGGUGGAGAGGGUCGACAGCGAGCUCCAGAUCCGCAAACUGCAGGAGGAGAUCGAGAGGGUGACGCUGGAGAACGACCGACUACUGGAGACGAGCAAAGAGGAAUCCCACGGCCUUAACGGACCAAACGUGGACCAGACGUCUGACGCAAAGAUUAGUGCAAGGGAGAAGAGCAUCCAGCAGACGUACAAGGCGAUGGGCUGUGAGGUCGCUCGUCUCCAGCUGGAGCUGAAGCACCAGACGGGCCUGAUUAGGAAACUCCGACCACUGAUCGGUGAGAUGAGACAAGCGUCUUCAACUGUCCCCAUCCAGUGUUUGGACGACAUCGAAACAACCAACAACAACCUCCCAGUUGCUCGCCCCCCCAGCGCCCCUCCGGUCCCCUCGUGCUCUGGCCGUCCCGGCCCCUCCGUCGUCUGCGGCCUGUCGGGCCCCCCUCUGCCUGACAGUCUGAAGGAGGACUGCUGGUACAACGGGCCCUGGCCGUCUCAGAGCUGUCUGAUGGAGGCGCUGGUCGGCAGCGAAGCCUGCUCAGUCGUGCUGCCCCCCCCUCCCAUCAACCAGGCUUCUCUGGAUGAGAGCUCGCGCUCCUUCCCCAGCCCUCCCAAACCCAGCGACUCCAUGUUCUGGGAGGGACACUCCGGUGCGUCCAAUUCCUCGACCUCGAUGGGAAACUUCACUCCCAUGAGCCCCCCCAACACAGAGUGGACCAAACCCUAUUAAAGCCCAGGAGAGAUAUGUGAAUAAAUAAUUUGGUGGAUUUUUAACAAGCGAGUGACGGAAUGGAUGAAGACUCUGCCACAUAUUUACCACCUGACCUGCCUUAAGUUGAUUAAACCACUCAGUGGUUCACUAGACUGAACUAAUCGAGGCCAGAGGAGUCCUUUCAGAGGCAUCAGCUGUCUGCACGCCACGUCCGUGAACACGUCUGACUCUGCAGAGGAAA